AUGCCAUACUGGCUCCACGGAUUCGUCACCUUCUUCAUGCAGCGAUUUAGCUGUUACAGCAUCCGUAAUUCCAAGAAAGUGGAUAUCUGGGGUCACUUCAUGUCAGCCAACUAG